GCACCAGUGAUCAGUAGUCCACGUCAGUUGCUCUGUUCAGCCCUGUUUAUACAGCUUCUUGGUGAUAUAACCUGUGAACAGUGUAUUCUUCGAAACGUGUGAAACUACGUAGCGCUUGAUAAAUGAAACGUUUAUGCAGAUGACAAGUUAUUUAAAUAUUCUCUAGCGUAGAUAAGUGUAGCAAAAUGCAUUGGACGCUAUGCGCACUGAUCAUCGGAUCGUUCGGAUGCAAAUAUAUACAUGCUCAGGCGCAACGGGUCGCGCCGGGUGUACCGCCGCAGCAUUAUCAACAGCCUGUUCAGUUACCGCAACAUCCACAUCAUGUUCCACAACAGCAACAAUAUCAACAAAUGCCGGUACAGCAAGUGCCACAGCAAGUGCCACAGCAAGUGCCACAGCAGGUGCAACAGCAGGUCCCUGUCCAGCAAGUACCAGUGCAACAAAUACCUCUGCAACAGCAAGCAACUAUGCAACAAGUACCUGUACAACAAGUGCCUGUUCAACAGCAGCCUCAGAUUCAACAAGGGCAAGGACACGGACACGGACACGGACAUGGUCACGGACAACAACCUCAAAUACUUAAUCCUGCCAAUAUAGCUCACGAGAAAGAACAUAUUGCAGAGCAUGCUGAUGUUCCGAUAGAUACCAGCAAAAUGUCAGACCAAGAGCUGCAGUUUCACUAUUUUAAAAUGCACGAUGCCGAUAACAACAAUAAGUUAGAUGGUUGCGAGCUUAUCAAGUCUCUCAUACACUGGCAUGAGCAAGGCAACUCAGAAACUGGUGAAGCGCAAGACAAAUUGUUCAAAGAUGAGGAAUUGGUACAGCUGAUAGACCCAAUACUCAGUAUGGAUGAUACUAACAACGAUGGCUACAUCGAUUAUCCCGAGUUUAUUCAAGCGCAACAGAACGCCGCAGCUAAUACUCGUGGAUAAUUGUACCCUCAUUCCUUACCUUCCUGCCACAACUUAUUCGAACUGGAGUUUGUAAAGAUUAUAUAGCGACGAAAUCUGAUUUUACAAUGGAUGUGUCAUGAUGCAGUAUCAACAUUGUACCGUUUACAUCAUGUGCAUGAUAAUGCAUUUGUUAAAGGCUGAGUUCUGUUGAUAUUUGUGAUAAUUCAUUCUUCAUUGACCUAGUUAUAAGUGAUGAUAAAAAAAGAGGAAACUUAGCUUUUUAUAUGUAUUAUCGGUAUCAUAUAUAUAUAAAUAUAUAUAUAUAUACAUAUUGUCGUACGAUUAAAAAAAUUUAGGGAUAUGGUACUCUUCUUGAUGAUUACAUUUCAGGAGAUUAAUUUUAUAAUGAAAGUAUUUACUGCAGAUUAUUGCUCUUUAAAAAAUGGUUGUAAAAUUUAUAUAUUACUCAUUUUAGUGUUAUUAAACUGGGUUUUUUUUUUUUGAUAUAAUAGAAGACUAUUUUUAGAAGAGUGUUUUAUAGAAAACCUCCGUGCUCUGUUAACAAAUAAACGGUCAAUUAUUUAUUA